CUACUUCACUUAUUAUUACUUGCCUUUGUUCGCGCUAUAUUUGAUUUUCAAGACGAUGCAAACCGGAUAAUUUGUUGGUUACCCCCUUUGAGGGACAACCGCCGAACCUUAGACUUGCAAGUUGGCUCCCAAGUGGGACGUGCGCUUACGCGUUGCCGGCAGGCGUGUGGUCACAGACGGAAGAUGAACAACCACAAAUGUAGUACUUUGUAUCAGAAACUCCGAGGACGGACGAGGAUUCUUCACUGUAUAUAUGUGGUUGGCUUCAUGGACUUGUUUGGCGUGAGCAUGAUCAUCCCACUGUUGAGCCAUCACGUCAAAGCGCUCGGAGCAAGUCCUACUGUUGCUGGUAUUGUUGGGUCCACAUAUGGCGUCUUACAGUUGUUCUCAAGCACAAUCGUGGGCAGCUGGAGCGACGUGGUGGGCCGCCGCCAGUCGCUGCUGACUUGCUUGCUGCUGAGCGCUUUCGGCUACGCCCUGCUGGGAAUGUCCACCAGCAUCUCUUUGUUCGUGCUCUCGCGGAUCCCCGUGGGACUGUUCAAGCACUCCCUGUCCAUCUGCAGAGCCCUGCUGUCCGACUUGGUGUCCGAGGCAGAGCGCCCCCUGGUGAUGGGUCAUUUCAACGCCGCUUCCAGCGUGGGCUUCAUUCUGGGUCCCGUGGUCGGUGGCUACUUGACGGAGCACGAGGGCGGCUUCUACACCUCCGCCUUCGCCUGUGCCACCAUCUUUCUCAUCAAUGCGGGUUUGGUAUGGCUGCUUCCAUGGGGCGACAUUCUCCUUCACUGUAACGGCGCUAAUAACUCCAGCAAAUCAGUCAGCAAUGGUUGCUCCACUGAGAGCCACGCCCCGGCGUGGGCCGACCCAGACCGGGAAGUCCCGAGGAAGCGGGCGUUCCCGCCGCAGCCCGCCUGGCGACAGCUGUCCUCGGUGGGCUCCAGGAUCCGCAUGGUGGCCUCGUCCGACAUGUGGGACCUGUUUCUGGUGCGCCUGUUGAUGGCCGUGGCCAUCAUGCUCUACUACAGCAACUUCUCGCUGGCCAUGGAGGAGCGUUUCUCGCUCAAGCCCAAGAUAACGGGCUACCUCAUCAGCUACAGCAGCACUCUGGGGGCGCUGGCCGGCUUCCUGGUGGGACCCGUCACCCAGUUGUACGGCAACAACAUGGCCGCCCUCCUGCUGCACUCCACCCUCCUGACGUGCCUGCUCAUCUCACUGUAUGCCACCGCGCAGGGCGUGUGGCAGGUGCUGCUCACCUCAACCUUCUUCGCCAUCUCCACCACGGUCGGGCGCACGAGCAUCACCGACCUGGAGCUGCGGAGAGGAGCGGUGCGGGCCAGCGGGACUCUGAUCGGCGCCGGACAGUCGGUGACAGCCAUGGGACGCGUGCUGGCCCCUCUGCUCUCGGGUGUCACGCAGGAGUUCAGUCCCUGCGGCCCCCCCAGUCUGGGGGUGCUGCUGGCUCUGGCGGCGGUCGGCGUGCUGCUCGUUAGGAUCCCCAAAUGGAACCAGACAGGGCAGGAAAAAAUGGCAACUAAAAUAGCGUAAAAAAAAAAAAAAAAAGAGACUGGACUUUUCUCCAAAGCACUGAACUACUAUUCGUUUUUUUCUCAGAGUGUACAGAUUUGAUUAAAGGGGGGGUUAUAUAUUUAAAACUAUUUUUAUGACUUGACUUUGGUACUUCUUCAGCUGUAUUAUAAGAACCACUCUGUGCGGAAUCUCUGCUGUAUGACACAAAACAACCACGGAAUCUGUGUUCGGAAUUGUUCACUCCUUCACUCCUCCCUUAUCUCACACUCUCUAGUGACGCCUUGACUUACAAGUUUAAUGUGUUCAUUACCACACUGAUGACUCAAAACAGUCAUUUCUCAAAUUGUCUUUUAAACGAAUGGAAAUGCUUUUUCUUUCUAUUCAAUAGAAAUUGCCAACACAGCCUAUGAGGUAAAAGGGUCCCACUGAGGCAGAAGAGGCACAAUGAAUAAAUGGGAUUUUGGAGGGGUGGGUUGGGUUUAAAAGACUCUUUUGAAAUCACUGCACUGGUCAUGUGGCAGUGCUGGCACAGGUUCAAUAUGCCAGCGCCCCAAAUACCCCACUAAACCCAGAUUAAAAAAAAAAUGAAUGGGAUGUCCGCAAUGUAAUGUCAUCAAAUGAGUAUUUUGCAAGACUUCUUGACAUGUCACUUUUAUCAAUUAUAGUUUGGAUUUGCACUACUAUUAAAUGUGGAAACUUUUUUUUUAUAUCCAAAGCUGUCACAGUCAUCCAUUUUUUCACCCAAAAUAGAUCAUUCAUUCAAAUACUCCUCAGCGCUCUGAUAUACACAAGCAGCAGCAGCUCAAAUGG